CCUCAGAAACCUUCAUGAUCUGGACAAACAAAACGUUUAUCCAGCAGCCCUGUGGCCCUACUGCAGUUGUGGGACAGCCCCAGCUGGGUGUUCCCAUGGGAGAUCAUUCCUAAAGCUCAGGCAGGGGUGGAUAACAACUCCUCAAAUAUCCUUUGGAACAAGGAAUGGAGAACACAAAAUCCCCACAACCAAGAGUGGGCUGGCAGAGCUCUGACCCCCAGUGAGAGCUGGGAUGAGUUCAGUUUGUCCCUGUUUUCCUCCACGAAAGGACACACGCAUUUUUGUGGUCAGAGCUUUGGAACCGACUCCUCCUCCUCCUGCUUUGGAUGUGUCAGUGGAAAGUAUUUUUUUGGAGGUGAAAUCAGCCUGCUGGUUGCCUUGAAGGCUCUGAUAAAUGUGAGAACUUGAUCACAUGGAGUGAUAGGUUCCAUCAGAUGUGUUUGAGCUGAAAAAUAAAGCUCUGUAUAAAUUCCCCUUUGCCAGGCCCAGCUGAACUUGCAGCAAACAUGAAGCUGAUUUUGAUCUUCAGUGCCCUCAUCGGGGCUUCCCUGUGCCUGGAAACCUUCGUUGGGCACCAGGUUCUCCGAAUCAAGACCAAAAAUGAGGAGGAGGUCAAGCAGCUGCAGUUUCUGGAAUCGCUGGAACACCUGAAGCUGGAUUUCUGGAUCAAUCCCUCUGCCUCAGCCCUCCCCGUGGAUGUGAGAGUUCCUGCUGUCAGUGUCCAGUCAGUGAAAGCAUUCCUGGAAUCCCAGGGGAUUGAAUAUUCCAUCCUGAUUGAAAACCUGCAGGAUGUUCUGGAUAAAGAAAAGCAAGACAUGGCUGAGAGUGCCCAAAGGCAGCGCAGCACCACCUUUGACUUUGGUGCUUACCAUACUCUGGAUGAAAUUAAUGCAGAACUGGACAAUCUUGCAUCUGAGUACAGCUUUGUGCAAAAGAUCCAGAUCGGGCAAUCCUACGAAAAGCGGCCUCUGUACGUGCUGAAGUUCAGCACCGGAGGCUCCAACCGCCCGGCGAUCUGGCUCGACGCCGGCAUCCAUUCCCGCGAGUGGGUCACCCACGCCAGCGCCCUGUGGAUCGCCAACAAGAUUGCCUCUGACUAUGGAACAGAUCAGUCCAUCACCUCCCUGCUGGACAAGAUGGAUCUUUUCCUGCUGCCGGUCACCAACCCUGACGGAUAUGUGUACACUCACACCUCGAACCGCAUGUGGAGGAAAACCCGCUCCAAGAUUCCCGGCAGCAUCUGCGUCGGAGUUGAUCCCAACAGGAACUGGGAUGCAGGUUUUGGAGGUCCUGGAGCCAGUAACAACCCCUGCUCCGACUCCUACCACGGGCCCAGGGCCAACUCCGAGGUGGAAGUGAAAUCUGUUGUCGACUUCAUCAAGAAUCACGGAAACUUCAAGGCCUUCCUGACCCUCCACAGUUAUUCCCAGCUCCUGAUGUAUCCCUAUGGAUACAAAUGCACCAGGCCAAACGAUUAUGCUGAGCUGGAAUCUCUGGGAAGAGCUGCUGCCAGUUCCAUCCGCUCCCUCUACGGCACCACCUUUCAAGUGGGCACCAUUUGCCAAACCAUCUACCAAGCCAGUGGAGGCAGCAUUGACUGGAGCUAUGACAAUGGGAUCAAAUAUUCCUUUGCCUUCGAGCUGCGGGACACGGGGCGCUACGGAUUCCUGCUGCCCGCCACCCAGAUCGUCCCCACUGCCAGGGAGACCUGGCUGGGCCUGAAGAAAAUCAUGGAGCACGUGAGGGACAACUCCUCCUGAGAGCUGGGCUGGGAAUGAGCUCUGCAGCACCAGCUCAAAAAUCCUCUGUGUGCUGUGAUGGCCGUCAUGAGAGAAAGGGCUCAAUAAACCCCUGUGCAAUCCCU